AUGUCAGCAUCGCAAGCAGCAUUCAACGAGGUCGUGCUGGAAGACCGAUUAUGGCAAGUCUUAACAUUUGACUUACUGGUUUAUAGUACUUCUCUAAGCCCCAUUACGCUCAGGAUCAUCGAUGAUUAUGCUGUUUUAUCUUCGUCAAUCUUGUGGAUGUUUGACUUUAUUCAGACCCUACCCAUGGAGAUCGAAGGCGUCUGGUCGAGUAGACCCACAGGAACUGCAGCGAUCUUUCUUGUCAACCGCUACUGUUUUGGAAUGUCCCUUAUCCUUCAACUGGUGAUUGGAAGCCCUGUAUCUGCGACUGAUAAGAGCUGUAAUGCACUAGCUAUAUCCGAAGCAAUCCUACAGAUCACUGCAACUAUAUCCACGAACCUGUUGUUCACGCUCAGAGUCUACGCAAUAUGUGGUCAAAGUAGAGCCGUUCUCUGUAUGGCGUUGACGAUGAUCCUUGCAAGAUUCGGAGUCAACCUGUGGCAGAAUGCUCCGACCGACAUUGUCACUGCGGUUUUGCCCUUGGCAUUCGAUGCCUAUGUUUUCGGUAUAACUGUCUUUAAGACAUACGGACACGUCACACAGAUGCGCAAACAAGGCCAGAGAAGCAUCACCGAAGUCCUUCUGAGGGAUGGAAUCUUGUAUUUCUUCAUAGUCUCCGUUGCUUCAGCUGCAAACCUUGCACUUCAAUUGGCAGCACUAGCCGAUAAGGAUACUGAGGCUUCGCUCCUGUGGUCGGAGGUCCUGUCCAAUUACCUCAUCGUACUCCCGAACCUCCUUGCCAACCGCCUCUACCUCAACCUUCGUGUAUUAGCAGAUCCGGGCUCCACAAUGACUUCAGGCCACAAGGAUAUGCCCGAACCAGCCUUCGCCCACAACCGGUUCCUUGGCAACAUCGGAGCACCUUUAGACCCGAAUUGGUGGGAAACCCGAUUCGAGGAUGACUAUGCAGACCACAGUACAACGUCAAGACUAUCCGGUCAAGAUGGGCCGAUGGUGUCACCCGAAGGCAACGGGCAAACGACGCUCAUACCAGUGGUCUACGACGGAAACCAACGAGAUAUCGCAGACAUCGAGAUGGUGCCGAUGCAGCGAGAGUGCUCGUAG